AUUAUCCAUUUUUUUUUCUCUCUCUUCUUAAUGUUAUUACAUAAAGUGCCAUGAAAAUGACACAUUGUAUGGAAAAAAACAGAGAGUGGCGAAGCACAGUACGUGGCAGCUUGCACCGGUUCUUCUGAUGAUCCCUUUUCUGAAAUUAAAAAAAAAAAAAAAAAGUGUUGAUCGAUGAGAAGAGAAGAAAAAGAUGGAGCUAUGGAACAGAGCCCGAAGCUUUGCGGAGGAAGCAGCGAAACGAUCCCAGGAUCUGUCGUUGGGAGCUUCAGCUUCCAAAUUUGCAGACAUCAUAACAGAGACCACCAAAGAGAUCGCAGCACAAGCUUCCAAGCGUUUGCCCCAACAUUAUUUCAAAAACGACGUCGAUCUCAUCACUUUUGGCAUCACCGAAGAGUUGAGGGAAUUCGUCAGAGGGAUCACCAUCGCCACCUUUGAAUAUUUCCCCCUUCAAGAUGAUACGGAUUUGUCUGAUGUUCCUGCAGUUUCAAAUAUUAGGCAGGAUCUAACCGAGUGGCAGCAAAAACAUGCAAGCCUUGUUCUUUCUACAGUCAAGGAGAUUUCAAGAUUGAGGUAUGAUCUGUGUCCACGAGUCAUGAAAGAGAGGAAGUUUUGGAGAAUAUAUUUUAUACUUGUGAAUAAUCAUAUUGCACCCUAUGAAAAUCGGUACAUGGAAGAAGAAAAACUAAAAUCAUCUGAACAAGAUCACAAAGUGAUGAUGAAAUCCUUAAGCACUGAAUUGAACUCUAAUCAAGAGGUGCAGGAAGUGAAAAAAGAGACCAAAUCUUCAAAACCAUCAACUGAGCAAGACUUGGAUGUAUUUCUUCUGGGAGGAGACAGUGAUGAUGAGCCUGAUGAUGGGGAUGGGGGAUAUGAUGAUGAUUUGGACAAACUGAUGGAUAAUUCGGAAAAAAAUUCUAACACUAUAAUGUUGACAAACAAUGGAGACUGAUAUGUAAAUAUAUUUUUAUUUAGGAAUCAAAAUAAUGUAAAGACUAAACAAAACACAUUGCUAGCCUAGGCAUAGAGACCAAACUUUUAGUUGAUUAAUGACAAUUGUCCUGUUGGGAUUUUUCACCCAACCUCCGCCCAGUACAAUUGGUUAAUCAAGUGUGUAAAUAUGAUUUUGUCUUAUAAUUAAAUAAUAAUAAAUGAAUAUGUUUAUAUAUAAUUAUCAAUUUUUACUUGUUUCACUACUAGUUAAAUAUGCCUUACAGCUGGUUAAUAGUAUUAUGGUCAUUGAAAUGUCUAACGGUGAUUAACUGUCUUACAAGUAAUAUAUACUUGUCACUCUAAUCGUUAAAUGUCUCAUAAGUGAUUAAUAGAAUAUGAGGCUAUUGAAAUGUCUAACAAUGAUUGACUGUAUCUUAAAAGUGGUUAAUUGUAUAGGUGGACAUUGGGUGGACAAUUCACAAGUGGACAAUUAUAAUUCUUUUUAAUUUAACCUAUUUUAGGGUUGACAUUUUAGGUAAGCACUUGAUCACCUAUUUAAUAUUUGAACUUGAGGUUGCGGUUAAAUCUAAUUAUUUAGUAAAUUUACUCGAUCAAGCCUCUUUUUUGGUUGGAUAACAAAGUAGAAGAAAGGUUUUCCACAUUUGAAAUAAACAACUGCUUACUUUUGUAAGGCCAUAAUCCUAACCUUUGUUGUAAGGACUAAGGACGUUAAUCUUCACUUGUGUUAGAAUUUGGAAACGAUGGUGCUUGCUUACUAUUAUAAAGUGUGGUAUGAUGACUGACUUGACUUGCAUAGACCUUGGCAGUUGGCAG